UAUAUCGUUUCGAUCGACCGUCACGCUGUAAAGAAGGAGAGAGAGGAGAAGAGCAGCUGAAGCAGAGAAGGCUUCGGAGAGCUGCGCUCAUCAGCAGCAGCAGCAGAAGGAAGGAUGAACUACCAGGUGCAGAAGAACACCCUCUACGUCGGAGGGUUGGCGGAGGAGGUGAACGAGGCGAUUCUCCACGCCGCCUUCAUACCCUUCGGGGACAUCAAGGACGUCAAGACCCCGCUGGACCAGGCUACCCAGAAGCACCGCUCCUUCGGCUUCGUCACCUUCCUCGAACGCGAGGACGCCGCCGCCGCCAUGGACAACAUGGAUGGCGCUGAGCUCUACGGCCGCGUCCUCACCGUCAACUACGCUCUCCCCGAGCGCAUCAAGGGUGGCGAGCAGGGUUGGGCUGCUCAGCCCAUUUGGGCGGAUGCUGAUACAUGGUUCGAGCGGCAGCAACAAGAGGAGGAGUUUCAACGGUUGCAGGCUGAGAAUAGGGCCGCAAUGGAGGCUGCAGAGGAGUUACGCAGGAAGCAGAUGGCCCAAGACCGAGAGGGCGAGAAGGAAGAUGACACCACUGAAGUGAAGGAUGACCCAAUGGCCCAGGCUGAAGCUGAAGCUUUGCAGCAGAAUAACAAGUGAAGUAACGUUUCAUUGUUUUUCUUUUUUGGCCCCCAUCUCCAAACAAAGUGGUUUCUCAGCAAAUUGCAUUAAUUGUAACUGAGCUUUUGUUCCAUCAACUAACUGAGAUCUGUAUCAUAUUCUGCAUUUUAUAAACCGGUGCGAUGGUAUAGAGGAGCAGAUGAUUUUCUAAUGCAAAUUCUGAGGAUUCGGCUCUUGUGA